GUUUUCUCUCGAUUGUUUCCUAGUUCUGGUCUCUGUAUUCACAGCAUAAAUUCCGCCUCCGGUCGCCACUAGCCGUUAGCUUUCUUCUUCGAGAACAGCAGCAACACUUUCUUGUUGCGAUCUCGGCUACUAGUAAUACUCAUCACAAGAAGAUGUUGUUACCCACCGAAUCAACAAAGGCAUUGUCUUUCAAAAGGUGUAUUAACGAUGGAGACUUGGUUAUUGUUUAUGAGAGGCACGAUGUGAUGAAACCAGUUAAAGUGUGUAAGGAUUCUGUGCUUCAGAACCGUUUUGGGGUAUUUAAACACUCGGAUUGGAUAGGAAACCCAUUUGGUACAAAGGCUUUCAGCAACAAGGGUGGAUUUGUUUACCUUCUGGCUCCCACUCCCGAGCUGUGGACGCUGGUUUUAAGCCACCGGACUCAGAUUCUUUACAUUGCAGAUAUUAGCUUUGUGGUAAUGUAUUUGGAAAUAGUCCCUGGCUGUGUUGUUCUUGAGACUGGAACUGGAAGUGGCUCUUUGACUACAUCACUUGCUCGAGCUGUCGCUCCUACAGGACAUGUUUAUACGUUUGACUUCCAUGAGCAAAGAGCUGCCUCUGCCAGGGAAGAUUUUGAGAAGACAGGCAUCAGCAGUUUAGUCACUGUAGAUGUUAGAGACAUUCAAGGGGAAGGAUUUCCCAAGAAGCUGUCGGGUCUGGCUGAUUCAGUGUUUCUAGAUCUUCCGCAGCCUUGGCUGGCGAUUCCUUCUGCAGCCGAGAUGUUAAAACAGGAUGGAGUUAUCUGUUCAUUCUCACCAUGCAUUGAGCAAGUACAACGCGCAUGUGAAGCCCUCAGAUCAAAUUUCAUAGAUAUAAGGACGUUUGAGGUGCUGCUAAGAACAUACGAGGUGAAGGAAAUGAAAAUGGGUGGUGGCAACAAUGAGGAAGAGGAGGAGAAGGGAAUGGGACGUCGGCCGUGCAAGAGAAGGCACCGUUCAAAUGAAGAAGACGAGGACAGUGGUUCACAGAUGGUCAUGGCUCGGCCCUGCAGCGACUCCAGAGGCCACACCGGUUACUUAACCUUUGCCCGACUCACAUGCCUACCCUAACACCACUCUGGAAUUUUGUAUUUUUGUUAAUUUAAUGGGUAUUUGAUGUGUGUCAAAAUAUACGUCAGAUCCUUGUUAUUUGGUAUGACAUACGGAAUCAUUCGUAAUUGUAAACAUAAGAAGUGGGAGCUGUGGUUGAGAGACUCUGAAA